AUUGAGGGCAAAAUGGCCAAUCUUACCUCCCCAUCUGACUUUCUGCUCCUGGAAUUCUCAAAUAUUCAAGAACUACAGAUGUUACACUUCUUUGUGUUCCUGGCAGUAUACUUGACUGCAAUGACCGGCAACCUGAUCAUCAUCCUUUCAGUAGCCCUCGAUCACCAUCUACACACUCCUAUGUACUUCUUCCUAAUGAACUUGGCCAUUCUGGACAUUGGUACAAUUUCGGUUACGAUACCCAAAUCUAUGGCCAACUCCCUCUUGAACAGCAGGUCGAUUUCUUACUCUGGAUGUGUAUCUCAGGUUUUCUUUCUCUUCUUCUUCGGAGGUUCCGACUUUGCCAUCCUAAUGGCAAUGUCGUAUGAUCGCUAUGUUGCCAUCUGCAAACCACUGCAAUAUGAAACAAUUAUGCACAGAGGAGUCUGCAUGCAGAUGGCAGGAAGUGCAUGGAUCAGUGGUAUGAUUUAUGCCCUAGUACACACGGCUGGAACUUUUGCCAUCACCUUCUGCUCUGAUAUGGUCAAUCAGUUCUUCUGUGAGGUCCCAAAGUUACUAAAGCUCUCCUGCUCUGAUCUAUACUUAGUUGAAAUUGGCCUGCUUAUUUGUAGCUUUAUCAUAGUGUUGGGAUGCUUUAUCUUCAUUGUUUUAACCUAUAUGGAGAUCGUCGCAACGGUGCUCAGAAUUCCUUCAGUGAAGGGUCGGAAAAAAGCCCUCUCCACUUGCCUUCCCCACCUCACCGUGGUGUCUCUGCUUGUUUUCACUGGGAUGUUUGCUUACGUGAGACCUCCAGCUAGCACAUCAUCCGAUCUCGAUAUCGUUUUCGCAGUAAUCUAUGCUAUACUCCCUCCAUUGCUCAAUCCAUUCAUCUACAGCAUGAGAAACAAAGAGAUUAAGACUGCUUUGCUGAAGUUGUUCAGUUCUGGGCAUUUUUUUGUAAUCACCAACAAAGCUGUUCCAUGA